GAUUCAAUAUACUAACCAAGAGACAGCUUUGAAAAAUUACUAUCUCACACAUAAUCUUCAAAUUAUUAGUAUAACUGAAACUAAAAUUUCUACUACCUACAAAAAGCUCAAAUUUUUGAAUAUACCUACUAUAUCUACUACUAGUCUAACUCAGAAAACUCUGCUAAAG